CGGACGGCGCCUCCCGUCCCUCCGGCUGGACCUGAUCACUUCUCGGUAUACAUAAUUUUGGCUAUUACAGUGUACAUCAACUAGCUUUGAUAUCUUCAGCAACUAGCUUUCAAGACAUCGAAGAACACUAAAAUGGUAGUUCCGUCCUUAUUCUCUCCUUCAAAGAUCCUUCCUUUUCCUAAUCCCAAGCAAAUGCAACUUUCCUCAGCUACGAAAUCCCCAAAAUUUCUUUCUGCUUUGUUGCACCCAAUACCCUGCAUUUUCUAUACCGGGCGAACAAUGGCUACGGUUCUGGGGGUCGCUGGUCUUUCUUUAGUCUCCAUUUCCGGGCCUGUUUCUGCUUCCGAGCUAGCUGCAAUGGGCUCAUCAGCUAUGCAAUUUUCUGAACCUUCCAAUGCUCUUUCUCUACCCACCUGGGCUGUUCAUGUCUCCAGUGUCAUCGAAUGGAUCACUGCUAUGGCAUUGGUUUGGCAAUAUGGAGAGAGGUCAGGAUAUGAAUCUUGGAAAGGGCUAUCAUGGGGUAUGGUGCCAUUACUGGGCGGAGCACUUUGUGCCUGCACUUGGCAUUUCUUCUAUAACUCGGAAUCUCUUGAGGUAAACAGAAACUCAUAUUGGGCAGGGCGGCGGUAGAAGGAUUCUGGUGGCUCUUCAAGCAGCUUUGACUGUAAUUGGUAAUGGUACAAUGUGCAUUGCUGCAUUCCGCAUAUAUAAAUCAUCUCAAAGGAGUUCCAAAUAGUUGUUCAUUCACCUUGUUUGGUUGAUUUCAUAGUGUUGUACUUCCCAAAUAUAUAUGGAUAAUAUGUAAUGGCUUUGUUCACUACGUAUUAGUUGAUUGUGUCGGUGGUUUGUGUUAAUAGUUUUGAUUUGUUGAUUAUGUUAACUUGUUAAAAUUAAUUGUUUGGUAAAGUUGGUUGUUUCUAAAAAAAACACUUGAUUGUGUAAACCAUGUGCAUGGAGCUGAUUGUGUCAGCGGUUUGUGUUAGUUGUUUUGGAUUUGCCGAUUAUGUUAAAUUGUUAAUUGAUUAAAAUUAAUUGUCU